AUGGUCUUGGUUCGGGUGGUUCCCAGCCUCCACACCCCCAUGUACUUCUUCCUCACCCAUUUUUCAUUCACUGACAUCUGCUACUCCACAGUCAUCUCCCCCAAAAUGCUAGCAGACCUGUUAUUGGAGAGUAAAACCAUUUCUUUCGCUGGCUGUGCGAUGCAGUUCCACGGCUUUGCUUUCUUUGCGACUGCCGAGUGUCACCUCCUGGCUGUGAUGGCCUAUGACCAGCACGUUGCUAUCUGCAACCCCCUGCUUUACGUGACGGUCAUCUCCAACCGCGUCUGCCAGCAGCUGGUAGCAUCAUCCUAUCUCAUUGCCUUUCUCAGUGCCAUCAUCUACACAGGCUGUAUAUUUGGGGGUUCCUUCUGCGGACCCAGACAGAUUGACCACUUCUUCUGCAAUGUCAGCCCUCUACUAAAGCUCACGUGCUCCGACACCCGCAACAACGAGAUGAUCAUCUUUGCCUUUGUCACCACAAAUGUGGUGGGCACGAGCGUGAUCAUUUUGCUCUCCUACAUCUGUAUCCUCCGCACGGUCCUGAGGAUGCACUCAGCACGGAGCAGGUCCAGAGCCUUCGAUACCUGCACCUCCCACUUGAUGGCUGUUUCCUUAUUCUACGGGACAAUAUUCUUCAUGUACCUACAAUCCACGUCUAGCCACAGCAGCCUGGAUAAGGUGGCCUCCAUCUUCUACACCGUGGUCACCCCCAUGCUCAACCCCUUCAUCUACACCCUGAGGAACAAGGAGGUGAAGGGUGCUCUGAAAACUAUUUGGUAA